AUGGGAGAAAUAACUCUUAGGAUCGGUAUAAUGGCAGCCAGAGAGUUAGCGGCAGCUGAUAAGGACGGUUCUUCCGACCCAUACGCCGUCAUCAGAGUAGCUAAUAAAAAAUACGAAACAGAAAUAAUCAAAAAAACCUUAAAUCCAAUUUGGAAUAAAUGUUUCGACGUAAAAAUAUCAGAAAGCAACGUACCACCUCAUAUAACCGUCACUGUGUGGGAUCACGAUCGUUUUGGUCGCGAUUUCCUGGGUGAGGUGACUAUUCCAAUUAAACAAAUAUUCGCCAGAAAUAACGGAGGAUUAAAUGAUGGUGUUCCUAGAACCUUUGAAGAUCCGCUAAAUCAACCGGCAGCCUAUACGCUACAGAAACGGAGUACGAAGAAUGAUGUUAGAG